AUGCCCCCUCGUAUUCCUCCUGCGGCAAGAAAUAAUGCAGUGGUGCAAUACAAAGCCAUUUUGGCGACCUCUCUCGCGUUCUCGCGCACCCUCAACUCUAGGAAUAUCGAAUUUCAUUGGUAUCCACUGUGGAAUCAAAUACUCUAUGAACUAUUCCCUGUUUGGUUUGUGCCGGAUGAUGACGAGGAUGACGAGGAUGAAAAUGAUGGUGAUGAUCCCGAGGAAAUCAUACAGCCGCCUGAAGAACAGCCUACUAAGGAAGCUCCAGAAAACCAAGACAACCACAACGAGGACGAGGACGACGAAGCGGCUGAGGCAGCGGCGGGCGAUAUUUCUUUCGCAUCAACCGUCCCGCAGAAGAACGCUGAAGGGGUCAACGUGGAUUUUGUGAUUCUGCAUCUUAAGGCAGUGGCUCAGCCACAGCCUGAGUUGGAAACUCGCUAUGGAGGGUGGAGGAUUACUGCAGCGAGUGUCGGACUUCUCGUUGAAGUGAAGCGAUUCGUGAGUAGGAGUCUGGCAGGUGAAAAUCAAACCACGGAGAUUCUUUCGCGGAUCCUGGAAGCUUGCAGUGACCUGAUCGACCAGGCAGCAUGCGUAUUUAUCCAGAAUCCGAACACGGAUUCCGUAUUGGCCAUUGCGGCUGCAGGCCCAUAUUGGCGUAGCGCUACAAUUCGUCCAAUCAACGUCCGUAAGGCCAUGCAUCGUAUUUCUGCAAAGGAUCCGAAUUACCAAGCCCCUGGCGAACAACGCCCUGACAAGGACAUCCACUGGAAUGACAUUCUUCGCGUUGAUCUCCCGCGCUCUAGAGACCGGUUGCAGACGAUCUACAGGAGUUUAAAGAAACUGGGUGUCAUGGAUGUAGUUUGACAUUGCACUGAUAUGCAUAAAUACUGGAUUGAUAGUCAAAUUUGAAUAUCG